AUGUUAGUUACUACCAGUUACAAUAUACGUAACCUGUGUCACAGUGUCCCACAGAGUACUUUGUAAAUACAUGUGUAUAAGUGCAUGUGCACCAAUUGUCCAAUUCAAUCAUAAUCAUAAUAUUCAAUAGGUACCUACCUAUUCAAUGAAUUCAGUGUACUCCAGAGGUACUAGGUAUUCGGAUUUCGGUGUAGUGAAUAGUGAUCACUGAUCUGUGAUUCGGAUCAAAGUUGGAUCAAAGAGAAUAAUAUAAUCACUAGUCACUACGUUUUACUUUUCGGAUAGCUCAGCUUGAGCUGGCUUAAGGCUUGAGCUUCUAAGCAUUAAAAAUGCGGUGUUUUGUGCCUUUCUGCAAAAAUGCUUCGGAAAAUGUAUCGGAAAGGGAUGGGCAGAGGAUUAGUUUCCAUGGUUUCCCCAGCGAAGUGCAUCGCCGUGCUGCGUGGCUCCGAGCCCUCGGCCAACAGGACAGUCACCUACCAGACUCUGCUGUGGUCUGCUCGCAGCAUUUUCUGUGUGAUGACAUUCAUGAAACAGGAGGUGGCUUGAGGCAAAUAGAAAUCAGCGCUAUGCCUUCCACAGUGCAGGUUUGCAUGAUAUGCCUAGACACUGACAGCAAGCUGUUCCUAAUGGGUAAACACAAAUUGCAAGAAGCAUAUGAAAAGUUAACUGGACAUCGUUUGUGUGAUCUAGCGAACCUAAAACAAACACUUUGUGUACAAUGUGCUCACAGUCUGAUAAAAUUUAAUAGAUUUAGAGACAAAAGCUUGAGAGCCCGUGCACUGAUGAUGGACUUAGUUGAAAAACAUGAAUUGAUAACAAGGCAACAUGUAGAAAUGAUAAACCGGUCAAAACACCAACUAAAGAGUAACAUGGUGUUGACAACACUGGGACCUGACCACUGCGACUUACACAUACUAGAACACCCCCCAGAAGACAAACAGGCAGAAAAAGAGGAAUCUGAACACAUGUUUGUUGUGAAAACUGAAGAAACUGAUGACUCUAUGUCGGUUGAUGAAGACACGGAAGUGAUGUAUGAAGAUGAUGAAAAUGUCGAUGAUUUUGUUCCGGAUCCAUUAAAGUACGAAAGUGCUCCUUUCCAAUGUACACUUUGUUUGGAAGAAUUCCUCCUUGAACAUGCAUACAUGCAACAUGUGAGCAUGCAUCUGCAGAAUGGCGAUGAUGAUGGGGAAUAUGACACAUCACGAGUGUGCGAGCCUCGUACAGCUGUGAGCUGUAGCGCGUCACGCUCUUCACUCCUCACUGAGAACAAGGCGGCAGACCCCAGCACUUGCACACACGCUGCGCUCGCCGCAGCAACUGCCUUGUCGACGAGUGUUGCGACAAAUGGGAACAAAGGCCACGCGACUGAAGAAGCCGAUAUAUUCCAGAAAACCAAUGACGAUGGUGAAUUUGAAAACCAAUCAUCUAGUAAAAUGAGCGUAAACAUUAAUACAUUCAAAAAUUGUGUAGUCAAGUUAUAUGAUAUUUUCACAAAUAUGAAAGUUGUUACGAAACAUGAUGGACCGGUGACGAAAACACGAAUAACUGAUAUGGUUUGUGACAGUCGGGAUAUUGCGUCUAAAGAUUCCAGUUAUCGGGCAACAAGUCAGAACGAAGUCCUUCCGACAGAAUACAUUGUACCAGUCACUAGUAGUAGUACUAGUCUGAGUAAUGUCAUUAAUACAGCACAAUGCAUUAAUUCAUCACAAAAUAGUUUACACACUGAGGAAGGGUCGUUCACUUGUGACAUUUGUCGAAAAACUUAUAAUAGAAAAAGUCUCUUAGUUAAACAUAUAAAGACUCACUCUGAAGUAAGAGUGUUCACUUGCAAGACUUGUCAAUACAAAUGUAAAUAUCAAUAUCUUUUGACAAGACACAUGGUAACUCACACUGGUAUAAAACCUUUCUCGUGUGACUUAUGCGAUUAUAAAUGUGCUCGAAAUAGCCAUCUAGUAUCGCACAUGAGAACUCACACGGGUAUAAAACCAUUCUCGUGUAAGUUAUGCGAUUACAAAUGUGCACGAAAUAGCCAUCUAGUGUCGCACAUGAGAACUCACACGGGUAUAAAACCAUUCUCGUGUAAGUUAUGCGAUUACAAAUCUGCACAUAAUAGCCAUCUAGUGACACACAUGAGAACUCACACGGGUAUAAAACCAUUCUCGUGUAAGUUGUGCGAUUAUAAAUGUGCACAUAAUAGCCAUCUAGUGACGCACAUGAGAACUCACACUGGCAUAAAACCUUUCUCGUGUGACUUAUGCGAUUAUAAAUGUGCACGAAAUAGCGAUCUAGUGCCGCACAUGAGAACUCACUCGGGUAUAAAACCAUUCUCGUGUAAGUUGUGCAAUCACAAAUUUGCACGAAAUUGGAAUUUAGUGACGCACAUGAGAACUCACACGGGUAUAAAAUCAUUCUCGUGUAAAUUAUGCAACUAUAAAUGUGCACGAAAUGAUAAUCUAGUGAUGCACAUGAGAACUCACUCGGGUAUAAAACCAUUCUCGUGUAAGUUGUGCGAUUACAAAUCUUCACUUAAUAGCAGUCUAGUGAAGCACAUGAGUACUCACACUGAUAUAAUAUAACAUUUCUCGUGUAAGUUAUGCGAUUACAAAAUGUAAGUUUUGACUGUCUGAACUCUGAACGAAUUAAGUCUUUACGACAGAAUACGUUGUUAUGAAAUUGGUCUCAUAGACGGCCGAAGGGGUAGUAGUAAUGUCUGAAAAUGUGUUUAUUGUAGUACAAAGUUAUUUAUUUAUUUAUAUUUAUUAGAACACCAGAAAAUUGUUAUAUCAAUACAUUCAUAAAACUAUACACACACACACACAUUAUUAGAUACAUAACUUAUUAAUUAGGUGUCACUACUUGUGCCAAAAGAAAUAAAAAUAAUAAUUGAUAAACAAUAAAAAAGUUUACAUUCUACAAAAUUUCUGUCUAAAAUUUAUGCCUAAGAUAAAAUAGAAAUACUAAUUAACAAAUUAUGGUGAAUGGUGAAUACAGGUAAUAAGUAAUAU